UCCGGAAAGUCGCUGUGCAGGCAAAUGAGUGGGGAGGGAGAGCUCCCUAACUGUAAACAGACGCCGCCGAGAGUUCCCAUCCUGCGUGGCUGCCGGAUUUCCGUGCCACACUGAAGCCACCCCACCCAGACGCCUGCCCUCAGUUUUCCCAGCGGUGGCAUGGGGUGCACCAGCUCCUCCUCUCCCGGGUCGCCGUGUGACUUAAACGCGUGAGAAGGCAGAGAAGAAGCCCCCGCUCAUCGGCCUCCAGCCCCACCAAGUCCUCCUCCCACCCUGGCUUUGGCCUUUUGUACCGGCCCCACGUGACCCCGCCGGCCGGCUCUUCCCUGCUGCCCCGCCCCGCCCUCCGGCCUUUCCCGGCUCUCGGCCCAGCUCUUCCCGCUCCCGGCCGCCCCCCACCCGCGCUGCCGGGCCUCCACCUCCCCUCGCCGCCCGCCCAGGCUCUUCCAGCUCCCUCCCCCAGGCCGCCGUUCCCUCGCGACGCUCCCCUCCCCCCGCGGCUGUUCCGCCGCCUCGCCUCCCCUCCCCCCGGCUGGAGCUCACUGUCUCCAAGAUGGCGGCCGUGUCAGUUUGGGGCAUCUCCGCGGUCCGGCCCGGGGCCCCGGGAUCCCGGCUGUCCUUCCUCCUGGCAUAAGAUGCACAUUUUUCUGCUCUGAAGCCGGGAAUGAAAUAUUCUUGAGUUCUUACAACUUCAUGACGAGACCCAUGUGUGGUGCUAUUGAGAAAUUCAUUGGGAAGUUGGAAGACAUUUCAAACAACAGGUUGUUUUGGUUUCUAUAGUACAAUUGGGGAGGCAUUCUGUUUUGUGAAAGGAGGAAGGACUUAGGCCAGAAAACUUGUAUGCUAUGGUUAACUGGUUCCCAGCCUCCGAGAAUCUUGUUUUCCAUGGUGUAAAACUUACUCAGCAUCAGGAUAAGGGAUAACGACUCUAUGGAUAUACAGAAUCCUUCACCAUGGUAAAACUCGCAAACCCGCUUUAUACUGAGUGGAUUUUGGAGGCCAUCAAAAAAGUGAAAAAGCAGAAACAGCGUCCUUCAGAAGAAAGGAUAUGCAAUGCUGUGUCUUCAUCCCAUGGCUUGGAUCGUAAAACUGUUUUAGAACAAUUGGAGUUGAGUGUUAAAGAUGGAACAAUUUUAAAAGUCUCAAAUAAAGGACUCAAUUCCUAUAAAGAUCCUGAUAAUCCUGGGCGAAUAGCACUUCCUAAGCCUCGGAACCAUGGAAAAUUGGAUAAUAAACAAAAUGUGGAUUGGAAUAAACUGAUAAAGCGGGCAGUUGAGGGCUUGGCAGAGUCUGGUGGCUCAACUUUGAAAAGCAUUGAACGUUUUUUGAAAGGUCAGAAGGAUGUGUCUGCAUUAUUCGGAGGCAGUGCUGCCUCUGGCUUUCACCAGCAGUUACGAUUGGCUAUCAAACGUGCCAUUGGCCACGGCAGACUCCUUAAAGAUGGACCUCUUUAUCGGCUCAACACUAAAGCAACGAACGUGGAUGGGAAAGAGAGUUGCGAAUCUCUUUCCUGUUUACCCCCAGUGUCCCUUCUUCCACAUGAAAAGGAUAAGCCGGUUGCUGAACCCAUCCCCAUCUGUAGUUUCUGUCUUGGUACAAAAGAACAAAACCGAGAAAAGAAGCCAGAGGAACUCAUCUCCUGUGCCGACUGUGGCAACAGUGGCCAUCCAUCCUGUUUAAAGUUUUCCCCUGAACUAACGGUUCGAGUGAAGGCCUUACGGUGGCAGUGCAUCGAGUGUAAGACAUGCAGCUCCUGUCGAGAUCAAGGCAAAAAUGCGGAUAACAUGCUCUUUUGUGAUUCAUGUGACCGAGGUUUUCACAUGGAGUGUUGUGAUCCGCCACUCACCCGUAUGCCAAAAGGCAUGUGGAUAUGUCAAAUAUGUCGACCUAGGAAAAAGGGACGAAAACUUCUACAAAAGAAGGCAGCACAGAUAAAACGGCGCUAUGCUAAUCCAAUAGGACGUCCAAAAAACAGGUUAAAGAAACAAAACACGGUAUCAAAAGGUCCCUUCAGCAAAGUUCGAACUGGCCCUGGAAGGGGUAGGAAACGAAAAAUCACUCUUUCCAGCCAAUCAGCAUCAUCAUCAUCAGAAGAAGGAUAUUUAGAGCGGAUAGAUGGCUUGGACUUCUGCAGAGAUAGCAGUGUCUCCUUGAAGUUCAACAAGAAAACCAAAGGGCUCAUUGAUGGCCUUACCAAAUUUUUUACCCCUUCCCCUGAUGGGCGGAAAGCUCGGGGGGAAGUGGUGGACUACUCCGAGCAAUAUCGAAUCAGAAAGAGGGGCAACAGGAAAUCAAGCACUUCAGAUUGGCCCACAGACAAUCAGGAUGGCUGGGAUGGCAAACAAGAAAAUGAGGAGCGGCUUUUUGGGAGCCAGGAAAUCAUGACUGAGAAAGAUAUGGAAUUAUUUCGUGAUAUCCAAGAACAAGCACUGCAGGUAAAGUUGGAUAUUCAGAAAGUUGGAGUGACUGGUCCCCCUGAUCCACAAGUUCGCUGUCCCUCUGUCAUUGAGUUUGGGAAGUACGAAAUUCACACCUGGUACUCCUCCCCAUAUCCUCAAGAAUACUCAAGGCUGCCCAAAUUGUAUCUUUGUGAAUUUUGUCUAAAAUAUAUGAAAAGUAGAACUAUUCUGCAGCAGCACAUGAAGAAAUGUGGUUGGUUCCAUCCUCCUGCCAAUGAGAUUUACAGAAAGAAUAAUAUUUCUGUCUUUGAGGUUGAUGGGAAUGUGAGUACCAUUUAUUGUCAAAACCUGUGUCUCUUGGCAAAGUUGUUUCUUGACCACAAAACCCUCUAUUACGAUGUGGAGCCAUUUCUUUUUUAUGUACUAACACAGAAUGAUGUCAAGGGCUGCCACCUUGUUGGCUACUUUUCUAAGGAAAAGCACUGCCAACAGAAGUACAAUGUUUCCUGUAUAAUGAUUCUUCCUCAAUACCAGCGUAAGGGCUAUGGCAGGUUUCUCAUCGAUUUCAGUUAUUUGUUAUCAAAGCGUGAAGGCCAAGCAGGGUCUCCAGAGAAACCGUUAUCCGAUCUGGGUCGUCUUUCCUACAUGGCAUAUUGGAAAAGUGUAAUAUUGGAGUGCCUUUAUCACCAAAAUGACAAGCAGAUCAGCAUUAAGAAGUUAAGCAAGUUGACUGGAAUCUGCCCUCAAGACAUCACUUCCACACUCCACCACCUACGAAUGCUGGACUUCCGUAGUGACCAAUUUGUGAUUAUCCGCCGGGAAAAACUUAUCCAGGAUCACAUGGCAAAGCUUCAGCUGAAUUUGCGACCUGUAGAUGUAGAUCCAGAAUGUUUGCGCUGGACUCCAGUCAUAGUGUCCAACUCUGUGGUCUCUGAGGAGGAAGAAGAGGAGGCUGAGGAAGGAGAAAACGAAGAGCCACAGUGCCAGGAAAGAGAAUUAGAGAUCAGUGUGGGAAGGUCUGUGUCUCAUGAGAACAAAGAACAAGAUUCUUAUUCAGUAGAAAAUGAAAAGAAACCAGAAGUUAUGGCUCCAGUCAGUUCUACACGUUUGAGCAAACAAGUCCUUCCUCGUGAUAGUCUUCCUGCGAAUAGCCAGCCAUCUCGGAGGGGCCGCUGGGGGAGGAAGAACAGAAAAACCCAGGAACGUUUUGGUGAUAAAGAUUCUAAACUGCUCUUGGAAGAGACGUCUUCAGCUCCUCAGGAACAAUAUGGAGAAUGUGGGGAGAAAUCAGAAGCCACCCAGGAACAAUACACUGAAAGUGAAGAACAGCUGGUGGCUUCUGAGGAGCAGCCAAGCCAGGACGGGAAACCUGACCUUCCCAAGAGAAGACUCAGUGAGGGGGUUGAGCCCUGGCGAGGACAGCUCAAGAAAAGCCCUGAGGCUCUGAAGUGCAGAUUAACAGAAGGAAAUGAGAGGCUGCCCCGCCGCUACAGUGAGGGUGACAGGGCUGUCCUCAGGGGCUUCAGUGAGAGCAGCGAGGAGGAGGAGGAGGAGGAGCCGGAAAGCCCUCGGUCAAGCUCGCCACCAAUUCUCACAAAGCCCACGCUGAAGCGAAAGAAACCAUUUCUCCACCGAAGGAGGAGAGUCCGAAAGCGCAAACACCACAAUAGCAGUGUAGUCACGGAAACUAUUUCUGAGACCACUGAAGUGUUAGAUGAACCUUUUGAAGAUUCUGACUCCGAAAGGCCAAUGCCAAGAUUAGAACCCACGUUUGAGAUUGAUGAAGAAGAGGAGGAAGAGGAUGAAAAUGAACUUUUCCCUAGAGAAUACUUCCAUCGUUUGUCUUCGCAGGAUGUACUCAGGUGUCAGUCCUCUUCUAAGAGGAAGUGUAAAGAUGAAGAAGAAGAUGAAGAGUCAGAUGAUGCUGAUGACACUCCUAUCCUAAAGCCAGUAUCUCUUUUGCGAAAACGUGAUGUGAAGAAUUCUCCUCUUGAGCCAGAUACAUCCACACCUUUGAAAAAGAAAAAGGGAUGGCCCAAAGGCAAGAGCCGCAAACCAAUCCACUGGAAGAAAAGACCUGGUCGAAAACCAGGAUUUAAGUUGAGUCGGGAAAUCAUGCCAGUUUCUACUCAAGCAUGCAUCAUUGAACCCAUCGUUUCCAUUCCUAAAGCUGGACGUAAACCCAAGAUCCAGGAGAGUGAAGAAACUGUUGAGGCAAAAGAAGACAUGCCCCUACCUGAGCAGAGGAAGGAGGAGGAGGAGAUGCAAGCAGAGGCAGAAGAGGCUGAAGAGGGUGAGGAAGAGGAUGCAGUCAGCAGUGAAGUCCCAGCAGCCUCUCCAGCAGACAGCAGCAAUAGUCCUGAGACCGAAACCAAGGAGCCCGAGGUGGAGGAGGAAGAAGAGAAGCCCCGUGUCUCAGAGGAGCAGAGGCAGUCAGAGGAGGAGCAGCAGGAAUUAGAGGAGCCAGAGCCAGAGGAUGAGGAAGAUGCAGCUGCCGAGACUGCCCAGAAUGAUGACCAUGACGCUGAUGAUGAGGAUGAUGGCCACCUGGAGUCCACAAAGAAAAAGGAGCUAGAGGAACAGCCCACAAGGGAAGAUGUCAAGGAGGAGCCUGGUGUUCAAGAGUCUUUUUUAGAUGCUAAUAUGCAGAAGAGUAGGGAAAAGAUAAAGGAUAAAGAGGAAACCGAACUGGAUUCCGAAGAGGAACAGCCUUCCCAUGACACGUCCGUGGUGUCAGAGCAGAUGCCUGGGUCUGAGGACGACCACGAAGAAGACUCCCACACUAAGGAAGAGUUAAUUGAAUUAAAAGAGGAGGAAGAGAUUCCUCAUAGUGAACUGGAUCUGGAAACUGUACAGGCAGUGCAGUCUUUGACUCAAGAAGAAAGCAAUGAGCAUGAGGGUGCCUACCAGGACUGUGAGGAAACUCUCGCGGCGUGUCAGACUCUGCAGAGUUACACCCAGGCUGACGAGGACCCUCAGAUGUCCAUGGUUGAAGACUGUCAUGCGUCAGAACAUAAUAGCCCUAUCUCCUCUGUUCAGUCUCACCCCAGCCAGUCAGUCCGUUCGGUCAGCAGUCCCAACGUGCCUGCCCUUGAGAGUGGCUACACCCAGAUCAGCCCAGAACAAGGAUCCCUGUCCGCACCCUCUAUGCAGAACAUGGAGACCAGCCCCAUGAUGGAUGUGCCUUCCGUAUCAGACCACUCUCAGCAGGUGGUGGACAGCGGCUUCAGUGACCUGGGCAGCAUUGAGAGCACCACUGAAAACUAUGAGAACCCGAGCAGUUACGACUCCACGAUGGGCGGCAGCAUCUGUGGGAACAGCUCUUCCCAGAGCAGCUGCUCCUACGGUGGACUGUCGUCCUCUAGCAGCCUCACCCAGAGCAGCUGUGUGGUCACUCAGCAGAUGGCCAGCAUGGGCAGCAGCUGCAGCAUGAUGCAGCAGAGCAGCGUCCAGCCUGCUGCCAACUGCAGCAUCAAGUCACCUCAGAGCUGCGUGGUGGAGAGGCCUCCCAGUAACCAGCAGCAGCAGCCGCCACCACCGCCUCCACAGCAGCCGCAGCCGCCGCCGCCACAACCACAACCAGCACCACAGCCUCCACCACCCCAGCAGCAGCCGCAGCAGCAGCCACAGCCUCAGCCCCAGCAGCCUCCACCCCCACCCCCUCCCCAGCAGCAGCCCCCGCUGUCACAGUGUAGUAUGAAUAACAGUUUCACCCCAGCUCCUAUGAUCAUGGAGAUACCAGAAUCUGGAAGCACUGGGAACAUAAGUAUCUAUGAGAGGAUUCCAGGGGAUUUUGGUGCCAGCAGCUACUCUCAACCAUCAGCCACCUUCAGCCUAGCCAAGCUGCAGCAGCUGACCAACACCAUUAUGGACCCUCAUGCCAUGCCUUAUAGCCAUUCUCCUGCUGUGACUUCCUAUGCAACCAGUGUUUCUCUGUCCAAUACAGGACUGGCUCAGCUGGCUCCAUCUCAUCCCUUAGCUGGGACUCCUCAAGCACAAGCCACCAUGACGCCACCCCCAAACUUGGCAUCCACUACCAUGAACCUCACGUCUCCUCUGCUUCAGUGCAACAUGUCUGCCACCAACAUUGGCAUUCCUCACACGCAGAGAUUGCAAGGGCAAAUGCCAGUGAAGGGGCACAUUUCCAUCCGCUCCAAGUCUGCGCCACUGCCCUCUGCGGCUGCUCACCAGCAGCAGCUGUAUGGCCGUAGCCCAUCAGCAGUUGCCAUGCAGGCUGGCCCUCGUGCACUAGCUGUUCAGCGUGGCAUGAACAUGGGGGUUAAUCUGAUGCCUACUCCCACCUAUAAUGUCAAUUCCAUGAAUAUGAACACCUUGAAUGCCAUGAACAGCUAUCGAAUGACACAGCCCAUGAUGAACAGCAGUUACCAUAGUAACCCUGCCUACAUGAACCAGACAGCACAGUAUCCUAUGCAGAUGCAGAUGGGAAUGAUGGGGAGCCAGGCCUAUACCCAGCAGCCUAUGCAGCCUAACCCUCAUGGGAACAUGAUGUACACAGGCCCCUCCCAUCACAGCUACAUGAACGCUGCUGGCGUGCCCAAGCAGUCACUCAACGGACCUUACAUGAGAAGAUGAGCAAGAUGAACUUGCAAUCAAAAACUUAAAUAUAUAUAAAUAAAGGAACCUUUUAUACUGACAAACCAGAGAAAAAUGGACCUUUUUCCAGUUAAAAUAUUGCUGUAGAUUUAGAGGAAUUUUUCUUUGGUUUAUUUUAUUUUUUAGAAAACCUGAUCUCUUUUGUUGGGUUCAUUUUGUUCUGGGUUUUGGUUUUCUUCACAAUCUUGAACAUUUUACAGUAGAACUCAUCUAAAAAUGGAUUUGGGGAUGGGGAAACAUGCACAAAGUCUUUUCAUAAUUAAAAAGAGCCUUACUUUCUUUACAUACCACAUGGACAGAAUUUGUGUAAAAGUGAAUUAUCUUUAUUUUAAAAUGUAUGUUUCCCCUCACUGUUUGCAGCUCCCAAUGUUGUCAUUUUUAAAUGUUAUAUACAUCUCAAGGGUUAACCAGACCUUUUCCUCCAAACCCAACCUUUCAUUUCCUACUUCAUUCCAGCAGGAGGCACUUAGGGGAGACUCGGACGGGGACAUGGAGAACAACCCAAGCUCCUUAAACUUAUUGUUAAUAUUAUUAUUAUUAUUAUUAAUAAAGUGAGGCAGGAAAAUGCUUCUCCUUUUAAAAUCCCCUCCACUCCUCACACACACACACCUCUUGAAACCCUUCCCCAAGAAUGUUUCUUUAUAGACAGACUUCAUUGAAAUCUUUGUUGUUCUUGAAUCAAGUGUAAUAUAAUUUUUUUUCUUCUUUUUUAAGAUAUUCCCACUCAGCACUCAGAGACACAAGAAUACUGUAAGUCUCAAUUAACAGCAGAAUCUCAGAGAAAAGCUGUUUGCAAUCCAAAUCCAGCCUUUGGAGGAAUAGAGAUGGUCAAUUAACAAUCAAAAAGAGAUUAACCUCUUGUUUUUUUACCACCUGGUGAAUCAGCCAUAACGCACACACGCCACCCAGCCUCUUGUUUCUAGUAUGUACUUUGAAAUGCUGAGGGUCUUGAUGCUUGAGCCUUUGAUAAAACUCAAAUAGCAGUCCCCAGUGAUUUGCCUCUUAGGUUCUUUCUUAAAUUGUUGGUGGAUGACUGUACAUUUUAGUGAUUUGAAAAAUAACUGACAAACCAUUGAAACUUUAUUUUAUGUUGGAAGAGAUGGCGCAGAUGUGUGUCGGAAGGGAGAUCAUGGUGUGAGUUUCAUAGCUAUUUAAAUGAUACAUACCUCUAGUUUUUGUUUGUCUUUUGAGAUCCUGAGUUCAUCCCCUGUGAAUCAGAGUGCACAAGCACCUCUCCUGUGAGUGGCUAAUGAGAAGAGGGACAGACCGACCACCAGCACAGUAGGGCAGAUCUGGACAGCAGGAUGUUAUAACGCAAGUUCAUGUGUUGCUCCCAACUCCAUUCUCUUUUCUCUCGUGCAACCAGUUUGCCCAUUCUCUUCCUAUUACUUGCUCCAGGGAUAGGUUAGGAAAAAAAAAAAUAUAUAUAUAUAUAUAUAUAUAUAUAUAUAUAUAUACACACACACACACACACACACACAUAUAUAUAUAUAUUCCAUCAUUAGAAGAUGGAAACUAUUAUACCACUUGGUAUGUGCAGUCAAAUAUCCAAAAGGGGGAAGUACUGCUUAGAGAAAUAUCUGUAAGCAUUAAAUUCUCUCCUUUAUUUGUACAUUUUAUAUAGAUAAAUUUUUAAAGUACUAAUUAGGCAUUAACUUUUUUCAAAUGCACAGGUUUGUUGGUUUUUUUUAUACACUUUAAUUGACUUUCUCAAGCGUGCUAGGUAGAAACAGGCAGAAUUCCACAUCUUCCCGCUCUCAGCUCUGAGCAUGUGCAAGGCUGUGUAGGACCCAGUUUCUCUGUAUAUACUAUUCCAGUUCCCAGUCAUCUAUGUAGAAAGUGCACUGUGCUGCCAUCGCCCUACAUCUUCAGCUGUGUCAUUGCUUCCUGGUUGGGGUGGGGACGGGGUGGGUCGGGAGGGAGGUAUAUUGGGAGGAGGGUGGGUCAAGGCAGAAGGAGAAGCUGUUGAAAUGAGGGCCGUGAAUUCAGUUUCUGUUGGUUUGCGGUUGUGUUUGGUUUUGUUUGUUUCUUUAUAAAAAAUUCAAUCGGGCAGCUCCCUUUUCCACAAGCCUCUUUGUGACUGUAGAACUAUUGUAGAAAAAAAAGUUCUUUUCUAUAUUAUAAAAGAAAUUAUCCAACACAGUAAUAUUGGUACCUGUCAUUUUUUCACUUCUGUUUAAAAAAAAUGUAUUUUUAGCAAGAUAACUUGGGUAAUCUUCUAAAAAAGAAAUUUAAAAACUCACUGUUAGUGACUUUGAUGCCUUUUAAAAUAAGAGCUUUUUCAUUUCAUUCCAUCUUUAAAAUUUUUUAUCUUUGUUGUAGAAUAUUAAAAACUAUUUUAAGAAAGAUAAAAAUUCUCUUUAAAGAGAUCUCUAGCGUGUGUGAAUAGAGCUCCAGAUGCCUCUAAAAGCCGCAUGUACAAAGGAAGCUACGUCUAUCCUGUCUGUUUAUAUUUGCUUUUCCUGUUUUGUAACCUCUUUGUACUUUGUUCAUGGUGACUUGUAAGCUAAGGGGAAGGGAUGCCUAGAUGCCUUUGUAUCUCUCCAUGUCACGCGCUCCUGGGCCAGCCGGCCUCCCUUCCUCUCCUUGUAUGUAAUAUCUUUUUUUCCCCUUUCUAGCAAGUACUUUCAAAAGAACUCUGUACAUUUUAACAUAAAAAAUAAAUUAUGUUGAGCCAUU